UUCACCCCUGCUCUUCAUCUGACACCGUCACCUACUUGCACAGAAUCAUGGCGGACAGAAACAGCCGGUCCAGCGUCAAGAGGAAAGAAAAGAAGGCGGAAAGCAAAACGAAUAGUGAGAAGGACAAAGAAAAGGAAAAGGUGAACGAGAAUAUGGCAAAAAAGCCAGAAAAACCCCAGAAGAAACCAGAGAAGGCCCCCGAGCAGCCAAAGAAAGAUGAAGAGAAGAGGAAUGGGGAAAGUGAGGGGGCAGCAGGCGCAGACGCAAAAAACAGUGAUGAAAAUGGAGAGUUUCAGCCUAUAGAACUGCCUCCGUUUGAGAUCGUCACAGGGGAACAGAUGAGCCCAUUCUACUUCAAGUUUCAGUUCAGGAAUGUGGAGUACUCAUCAGGGAGGAACAAAACCCUCCUGUGUUUCAGAGUGGAUACAGCAGGAGGCAGCGCAGAGCCUCUGAAAGGUUACAUGGAGGACGAGCAUGCCACCGCUCACGCUGAGGUGGCCUUCUUUGAACAGGUGCUCCCUAACGCCUCUCUAGAGUGUGAUGUCACAUGGUAUGUAUCAUCUAGUCCCUGUGUGGCCUGUGCAGCCAAGUUGGCCAGCAUCCUCCAGCAGCGCAAAAAGCUGCGUCUUUGUAUAUUCUGUUCCCGUCUCUUCGAGUGGGAGGAGCCAGAGAUAGUCGAAGGGCUUAAGGGUCUGGUGAGAGCCGGCUGCAAACUGCGAAUGAUGAAGCCGUCAGACUUCCUGCUUGUGUGGGAAACAUACGUAGAGAAGGAGGAUGAGAGCUUUACGCCCUGGGAGGAUUGUCAGGAGAACUACAACUACUAUAUGGAAAAACUGGCAGAUAUGCUGAAGUAGAUAUGCACGGGACCUCCCCACCGACUGAUCCACAAAUCGCACUACUUGUGAAAUUCCCACUGGCUGAAUGCGUGUUUCUUGCACAUGGUGCAGAAUGUUGUUAGUUUAUGCACUCUUGGCAACAUUUUAUACUUUUUAUUAACACAAUUCAUGUGGAAACUUAAAAUGCUUGAAUUUUUACAUAAAUACAUCAACUAAUCAACAUCCAGGUGGUUAGAAAACGAAGCAAGAAGCAAAGAACAAAAGUGACAUUCAUCGUUACGGUAAAAAUAAAGUUCGGAGAACAACACAGCCUGUGUUACAUCUGCUGACAUCUGCUGCUUGUUCAGAGAACUGAAGAUCUAACUGAAGAACAACGAAUAAAUUCUCCUGCACGUCAUCGUACAUGUAAAAUAUAUACAGCAACUCAACAUGAACAGUGAUUAUAAAUGAUGUUCAGCUCAUAAAUAAUGUUUUUUCUAUUUAACAGUGCCUUAAAAACCAAAUUCAUUCAAACAAUGUGAAUUAAACGAUGCAUAAAUCCUCAA